AAAACCCUAAGCGCUUUCGAUUGCAGCGGUGCUGUGGCCUCAGCUGUUGUCUUCCGUUCACUCUGCUUCGCCUCGCCUUGCGUCCGUCUUUCUCUUUCUUCUUCCUUGACUCGGAAAAUUUCAGCCGUCUUCAAGUCUUUGACAGUGUUUCUCGAGCAAAAGAUAGGCAUGGGAACUCGAGGAGUUAUUGGGGAUAAAUGGUCCAUGAGGAUUCUUUGGGCCUGUGCUAUUGGAAGUGCAAUCAGCCUGUAUAUGGUUGCUGUAGAAAGACAAAUACAGAACAGAGACCGAAUGCUGGCUGAAAGUUUAAAGGCAAUGGAAGAAGAAUCAGGCAGUGGGGAGACUGUAUAGAAGUCAACUGAAUCAAUCAGAAUAAGCUCUACAGUAUCUCUCUUAACAUCCCUAAUGUUCUAAAAAUGAGUCCUCUGUUUAUGCAAAAGGUUGUUACCUCUUUAUUUUGGCAUUUGCAGUUUGAGGAUUUGAUUCUGAUAAUAAUUAUAUUACAUGAGAUCACUAGCAGGGAAUUUGAGAUGGGAGGACCUUUUGUUUUUGCUGCUGACCUCUUUAAAGCUUGCGUAUCUUUUUUGAUAAAGGGCUUAUUUUUUUUCUUAAUGGUAUAGCAGUGAACAAUGAUUUUGGUAUUGUAGGAGGGGGAGUGUCUGUUUCCGACUAUAUGGUACAUGUUUGACACGGUGUAAUAAUGUAUUAUGAAUGCAAUAUACUGAAGAUUUUACUAACAGUA